AUGGGGCUGCCCACUCUGGAGUUCAGUGAUUCCUACUUGGAUAGCCCAGACUUCAGGGAGCGUCUCCAGUGUCACGAGAUUGAGCUGGAACGGACCAAUAAGUUCAUUAAAGAGCUCAUUAAGGACGGAUCCCUGCUUAUUGGGGCUUUGAGGAAUCUGUCCAUGGCAGUACAGAAAUUUUCACAAUCUUUGCAAGAUUUCCAAUUUGAAUGUAUUGGAGAUGCGGAAACUGAUGAUGAAAUUAGUAUUGCUCAGUCAUUAAAAGAAUUUGCCCGAUUACUUAUUGCAGUGGAAGAGGAGAGGAGAAGACUGAUUCAAAAUGCUAAUGAUGUAUUAAUAGCCCCACUGGAGAAGUUUCGAAAAGAACAGAUUGGUGCUGCAAAAGAUGGAAAGAAGAAGUUUGACAAAGAGAGUGAGAAGUACUAUUCUAUUCUUGACAAGCACUUAAAUUUAUCAGCAAAGAAGAAGGAGUCUCAUUUGCAAGAGGCAGAUACACAAAUAGACCGAGAACAUCAAAAUUUCUAUGAGGCAUCACUUGAAUAUGUCUUUAAGAUACAAGAAGUUCAAGAAAAGAAGAAAUUUGAAUUUGUUGAACCACUUUUGUCCUUCCUUCAGGGAUUAUUCACCUUUUACCAUGAAGGAUAUGAACUGGCUCAGGAAUUUGCACCCUACAAACAGCAGCUGCAGUUCAAUUUACAGAAUACAAGGAAUAAUUUUGAAAGUACUCGUCAAGAAGUAGAGAGAUUAAUGCAGAGAAUGAAAUCUGCAAAUCAAGAUUAUCGUCCUCCAAGUCAAUGGACAAUGGAAGGGUAUCUUUAUGUACAAGAGAAACGACCUCUUGGCUUCACCUGGAUUAAACAUUAUUGCACUUAUGAUAAGGGGAGCAAAACAUUCACAAUGAGUAUUUCAGAGAUGAAAUCCAGUGGAAAAGUGAAUGGUCUUGUCACUAGCUCACCAGAGAUGUUUAAAUUAAAAUCUUGCAUCCGAAGAAAGACAGAUUCUAUUGACAAACGAUUCUGCUUUGACAUUGAAGUGGUUGAAAGGCAUGGAAUCAUCACAUUGCAAGCUUUCUCAGAAGCAAAUAGGAAACUGUGGCUUGAAGCAAUGGAUGGAAAGGAACCGAUUUAUACUCUGCCUGCCAUUAUUAGCAAAAAAGAGGAAAUGUACUUAAAUGAAGCUGGAUUUAACUUUGUGAGAAAGUGCAUCCAAGCUGUGGAGUCUAGAGGUAUCACCAUUUUAGGGCUCUACCGAAUAGGAGGUGUGAACUCCAAGGUCCAGAAGCUCAUGAACACUACAUUUUCUCCUAAGUCUCCUCCUGAUAUUGAUAUUGAUAUUGAACUGUGGGAUAAUAAAACAAUAACAAGUGGACUAAAAAACUACCUCAGGUGUCUCACUGAACCACUGAUGACUUACAAGUUGCAUAAAGAUUUCAUUGUUGCUGUUAAAUCUGAUGACCAAAACUACAGAGUGGAGGCAGUCCAUGCAUUGGUGCACAAACUUCCAGAAAAAAACAGAGAGAUGUUGGACAUCUUAAUAAAACAUUUAGUCAAAGUAUCACUGCAUAGCCAGCAGAAUCUCAUGACUAUCUCCAACCUUGGAGUCAUCUUUGGCCCCACUCUGAUGAGGGCACAGGAAGAAACUGUAGCUGCUAUGAUGAACAUCAAAUUCCAGAACAUUGUGGUUGAGAUUCUGAUUGAGCACUAUGAGAAGAUAUUCCAUACUGCACCAGACCCAAAUAUUCCUCUUCCUCAACCUCAGUCUCGGUCAGGAUCCAGAAGGACAAGAGCCAUUUGCCUCUCGACUGGCUCAAGGAAGCCCAAAGGGAGAUAUACUCCAUGCCUGGCAGAGCCAGAUAGUGAUUCAUACAGUAGCAGCCCAGAUAGUACCCCUAUGGGCAGCAUAGAAUCACUCUCCUCUCACUCAUCGGAACAAAAUAGCACUACUAAAUCAGCUUCCUCCCAGCCACGGGAAAAAUCUGGAGGCAUCCCCUGGAUUGCAUCUCCACCACCUUCCAAUGGACAGAAAAGCUCAGGUCUCUGGACAACAAGUCCAGAAUCAAGUUCUAAAGAAGAUGCAUCCAAAACAGACGUGGAGUCUGACUGUCAGAGUAUUGCAUCGGUCACUAGCCCAGGGAAUAUUUCCCCACCAAUAGACUUGGUCCAAAAGGGGCCAUAUGGGCUGUCAGGAUUGAAGAGAUCUGCAGCUUCCUCUCUCAGAUCAAUCCCUGCAGGUGAAGGAAACAAAAGCUAUAGUGGAUCCAUUCAAAGCCUAACUUCCAUAGAUUCCAAAGAGACACCCCGAGCACCACCAAAUCCUGACCUUCCUCCAAAAAUGUGCAGGAGAUUGAGGUUAGACACUUCAUCAAGCAAUGGAUAUCAGCGACCUGGUUCUGUAGUGGCAGCUAAAGCCCAGCUGUUUGAAAGUGCUGGUUCACUUAAGCAGAUUUCUGCUGGACGCCAAGCUAAAGCCAUGUAUUCAUGUAAAGCUGAGCAUAGUCACGAACUCUCCUUCCCACAAGGGGCAAUCUUUUCCAAUGUUUAUCCAUCAGUGGAACCUGGAUGGUUAAAAGCAACUUAUGAAGGCAAAACAGGACUAGUUCCAGAAAAUUAUGUUGUCUUCCUCUAA